AUGGCAUCACCACAAAGAGAAGGAUUCACGAUCCCUACAUCGAUAUCACACGCCGCAUCAGCACAAAUCACUAAUAAAUCCCUUGGUGUUAAAUACAACUGUGCUCAAUGUGCUGCUUCGUUUUCAUUGGGAAAGAAUGAUGCUAUUAGGUGUAAAGAAUGCGGGCAUCGUGUUAUUUACAAAGCGAGAACGAGAAGAAUGGUUCAGUUUGAAGCUAGGUAG